AUGUUGCGGAGCCUGGGGUGGUUUGCUCGGCGCACACGCCUUCGAAGUCGCGCCGCUGCUGACCCAGGUGCUGCUGGGGGUGGUGCUGCUCGGGGUACUGGGUCUGGUGGUGCUGAGCUUGAGCGUGCGGUGCCUGGGGGUGUCGAGCCUGAGCGUGCGGAGCCUCGGGGUGCUGAGCCUGGGGGUGCUGCUUCUGGGGGUGCUGAGCCUGGUGGUACUGCCGCACCCGCCUUCGGAGUCGCGCUGCUGGAGCUGGAGGCGCUGGUAGUGGAGGCGCUGGAGCUGGAGGCGCUAGAGCUGGAGGCGCCAGAGCUGGAGGCGCUGGAGUCGGAGGUGCUGGAGCUGGAGGUGCUACCACUGGAGGUGCUGGAGCUGGAGGCGCUGGAGCUCGAGGCAAUAGAGCUACAGGUGCUGGAGUGGGAGGUGCUGGUGCUGGAGGUGCUGGAGCUGGAGGCGCUGGAGCUGGAGGCGCUGGAGCUGGAGGCACUGGAGCUGGAGGCGCUGGAGCUGGAGGCACUGGAGCUGGAGGUGCUGGAGCUGGAGGUGCUGACGCUGGAGGUGCUCGAGUUGGAGGUGCUGGAGCUGGAGGCGCUGGAGCUGGAGGCACUGGAGCUGGAGGCGCUGGAGCUGGAGGCGCUGGAGCUGGAGGCGUUGGCGCUGGAGGCACUGCUGCUGGAGGUUCUACAGCGCGUCCCUCUGCCGUCUCCUCCUGCGUCCUCUCUUCCUGACCUCCCGGACCCUGAGUCUGACCUGGUUCGUGCUGCUCACCCUACUGUCACGCGUCUCCUGGCCACUGUUGUCACUGACCCUUCUUUUGAGUCCGCUGCUGCGUCUGCCUUAGUUGCUGAGCUUGUUGACUUUGCUGCUGCAUGUCGUCUAGACUACGCCACUAGUCUUGUUGCUGAGUCUGAGUCUGUCUAUCCUCCGUCCGUCGGGGGUGAGUGUGCUCUUGGCACGGACGUCCUUGAGGACAGGCAGGAGGACUUUGACUGUCUUGCGGCUGCUGUACCUCAUCUCGUGGCCUGGCUGCUUGCGCCUGAGGGAGACCCGGAUGCACUAGACAUCCCGACCCCGCGCUCUUACACAGAGGCGAUCUCGGGUCCCUACUCCUCUCAGUGGCAGACAGCCAUGGACGCAGAGAUGGCAUUCUGGAAGUCCACAGGCACCUACGUUGACGAGGUUCCCCCUCCUAGGGCGAACAUAGUCGAUGGCAUUCAGCGACAGGGAGUUGACUUCUUUCAGACCUUCUCCCCUACCUCGAAGAUGACCACUCUUCGGGUGCUGCUGCACGUUGCCACUCAGCGUGACUACGAGCUUCACUCUCUUGACUUCAGCACAGCGUUCUUGCAGGGCAGCCUGCAUGAGGAGAUCUGGCUGCGCCGCCCACCUGGCUUCACUGGGUCGUUCCCUCCUGGAACCCAGUGGAGCCUCCGGCGGCUAGUCUACGGUCUCCGCCAGGCGCCUCGUGAGUGGCACGACACACUGAGAACGACACUUGCGGCUCUUGGGUUUGCUCCCUCCACUGCUGACCCGUCAUUGUUUCUGCGCACCGACACUUCGCUGCCGCCGUUCUACAUCCUCGUGUACGUCGACGACUUGGUCUUCGCCACUGCUGACACUGAGGCACUCGCCCUUGUGAAGUCGGAGCUGUAG